GUUUUAAUGUUCGUAGAAAAAGUGAAAACACUGAAAUAAAAAUUAACGCAACAAGAAAACAAUAAAAGAUGGAUUUAAACAGCACAUUUCUUAGUUCGUCAGCAAUACUAGCAGAGGAGCUGAUAUCUAAAAAAGAUUUAGAUGAGUUACACCAAAAAAUUGAUAAAUUUCAAGAAAAUGUUUUAAAAGAACAAGAAAUUACACAAAAGCUUCUGAAACGCGUUCUCGAAGAAGUCAAAGCUAAUGGCAAUUCCAAGAGUAGCACACGCAAGCCGAUAAUGCCGAAAACACCGUUUAAAGAAGAAAAUGAUUUUAAAGACUUUGAGGCCAAAAUAGAAAAAUCGGAAAACAAAUUUAAUGACUUGGUUGCCGAUUUUUUGAGCAUAAUUUGUGGCAAUUCAUCAAAAUUUUUAAAAGAAGCAUGGCGGAAAAUUAUGACCGACGAAGUAGCCCAAAAAUUGUGCUGGCAAGGAACAAAUAAUAAAACGCCCGUUCGAGCUUUAAGUGUAACAACAGCACUAAAACAAGCGUACAAUCAAAAAUUUGCAACUGCAGCUUCCGACAGCGAGUUCGAAAGGACAGUCAUAUCAUUUUUCCAGCAUGCCAAUAAUCGUCUGCAGAAAAAGCAUGCAUACAAAGAGCGAAAGGAAAAUAAAAAAUAACUUAAAUAUGUAUAUGUAUGCUCACAAAGGUGCAUUAAGCUGGAUCGAUAAUUGUAUUUAUUUUAAUUUAAUCUGUAUAGAUCCAAGAAGUAACUUUAGGAUAUCUGUGAUACCACUGACAAGUUUCAGAUAAAUCCAUUAUGUCAUAUUAACCCAGAAAAAAAAUGAAUUUUGAAACGAAUUUUGAAAAUAUGUGCAUACGUACAUACACACAUAUGAGUUAUAAUUAAAUUUAUAUAACUAUAGCUUAAUGGAUUUAACUGAAACUUGUCCG